UGGACAAUAGCGAUCAAUAAAAGUCGGUGUUAUCUACAGGAACAGAACUGAUAGUAAUUCAUAUUCAGCACACAAACUGAAUCGGUCCCUACUUUGUACCACUCUGCCUCUUCCUGAAUCUGCAAUAAACUUUCAAAUUCAGCAAUGGUGGAAACCUGUGUUUCUAUACGCCAAGUCCAGAGUGUAAACACCGCAGGCGAGCGGUAGCAUUAGCACUGGAAAUGAGCAUCCUUGGACUGGUUUUACCGUAUCAUGAUUUGAAAUCCCACCGAUCUGUUAAGCAGUCCAUGCGUCUUGGCUGCUCUCGUGCAUUCAACAGGCCUGUGCACGACUGACAACGGUGGUCAUAACGAGAUACGUUGAGUACAUCAAUAAUUUGGAAUAAUGAGAACGAGAGGUGAAAGUCAUCAAUCUCAAACCGAAAAGAAGGAAGGCAAUUCUUGCUGAUUGCAUUCUCAGAAUUAUUAUAUCAAAUGAGUCAGUCAAUCAGACUACCUUAGACGUAGGAAAAUAAUAUAGAAAGGUGAGAAGGAAAACUGUAGAACUGAGUGAAGGCAUCCAACGUUCAAAUUUGGAGAUUCUUCAGUCCCUUCUGUCUAAGUAACGAUCGAGCAAUGUUCAACGAUGGCAUAGAAGACCUGGCGAGAGCAAGAAUCCUGAAAAUCGUGGUGGGCCUGGCUAGAUGCAUGAUUUGUCGAAAGGAAACAAGUGCAUGGGGAUACAAUCCAACACAGCGGAGGAUGGUGUCAGUGUGCGGGAGUGUGCGUGUUGGAUUUUCUGGAAGCUUUUGAGAUAUCAGUACCCGUUUGUAUCAGGACGUUGAUAGGAGAAUAUCAAAAUGCAUUUAUUUUGGAGAGAUUCGAUGCAGAGAAUUUGAAAUUUGAAGUUACCGUAUGGUGUGCGAGCAAAUCUUCAGUGGACAUUAAAUCAACUGUGAUUUCACUUCCACUUUCGAUCAGAGAGGGGGAGGAGCAGGAGCAAGCUAUGUGACUCGAGGUCCAUAACUCAUUGUCUUGAAUUUGACACAAGAAAGGAGGUGUUGUGGAAGACGAAAUCAUCGCUACUGUGUCCAAGUCAACACUCUUCUUCUGUCCUUUUGAGUGUUCAUGAGCUUGUGAGCACAGGAGCAAGAGUUUAGUAUCAUCUUGAAGGUGAAUGAAGCUGGAAUCUGGAGGUGGGCAGUUCAGACAAUGAAGGAAUGAUUGCAUGACUUGUAUCACCCUCUUGAGUGAUGAAAGGCAACACGAUUGGAAGUGAAAGUGAUUUCUGUCAGUGAUCGUGCUCCCAGUCAAGAAUACAUAGCGAGCCAGUGGUGGAAGCAGCGACUACUUCGUUUGUUUUUACAGAUCCCAGGAACAUUUGGGAGCUGAUUGUAUCAUCAAACAUACUGAAGGGGAUAUCGGUUUCGAUGGGAACUAGUAAGAUGUUCAGAGAUUUGAGAUUUUCAGUGUCAAUCUCAGGACCAUUUUGUCAAUAAACUUCAAGGAAACUAGAGAAGAAGUUUGACAUUGAAUUUUCGAAAAUCUACCGGAACGUGCUUUCAAUUCCACUGCAAAAUGAGGCAUCCGGGCCUCAGUGUCCUUUUUGCAGGAACGUUCAGGCACCAUCUUCCUGGUGAUCACGUGGAUGAGGUGCGAUUCGAUGAACCUGUGAUCAUCUCAGCCAUAGAAAUCAUGGACCUUCAUGCACCUGAAGUAUACGAAUCACUUUCGGUCUAUGAUGGGUCUUGUCCGCAAGAUUUCCCCGUGGACAUAUUUUUCCGCAGUGGAGGAGAUGAAUGCUUCAAGCGGCUUAGCCAUCCCUUCCUUUAUUAUUCUUCAGCACCACCUUUGCUCGAUCAAGAUGUUGAGGCAACUGAGGACGAUUAUGGCAGUUACUGGAACCUGGAGGUGGCCGAGACGGACCACCUUGUGCUACGUGGGACACAUGACUGCCUCACUAUGAUUUUAUAUGGGUACUAGUUGAAGCGAGAAAAGUGUUGAAGAACCUUUUGUUGAAAUUAGCUUUCUUAUAAACGAGAUUAGCCUCAUUGCCUUACAAAGGACCCCGAGGAUUUUCUUCUACGAAAGCUCGAUUUGAUCAAGUACUUGUUAAUGUGGAGAUAUAGUGACAAGUACACUUCAGUAUUCUCUACCCAUAUCGAGUUUGGUUUUCUU